AUGCCGACGCUUGACCAAGUCGAGUACUCGCAGGAAGCCACGGUCGCCGCUGUGACCGACUUCUACGCCUUCCUGACCAAGAUGUACCUCCCCGAGUCGGCUGUCGUGCACCCGCCGCCGGGAGGGUGGCCGACAUUGGCCUCUGAUCCACGGGACCUGGGGAAAUCGGACGAGGUGCUGAGCCUGCUUUCGCACCUGCCGUACAUCCGCCAGGAUCUUGAUGACAGCGAGAUACCGCAAGUCACCCCGGGGGGCCGUUGGAUCGACUGGCGCAUGUCCGGUAUCUGGGUACGCGAGGGCGGCAGCGACAUUGACGAGCUUCGCACAAUCACCGAGGGCCCCGCCAUCAUGGAGCACGUGCCCGAGAGCGUCGUUGGGCUGACAAUGAGCGAGCACCAUGUCUUGCUGCUUGACACGGAGCUCGGCGUCGUCUACUGGCCCGAGUGUCCCGGCCGGCUCCGCGACGGGCCCCGGUGCAUCGAGGACGACCCGUACGACUACUGCGACGACGAAGACGACGCCGAGUGGCGUGCCGACGGCGCGGCCUGGUCUGUCGCCGACUUCUUCAAGGUGCUCAAGGCUGAGUACCGCUCGCUGCGCUGGGUGCCGUGGAACGAGUACGAGGUCCUGGAUUCGGAGAGCACGAUGACCGGGAAUCCUGUCCCGGCGCUCCAGGACGUGUACCGGCGCCACGGCUGGCCUACUUUGCAACAGUAUCGCAAGGCGGAGUGCCUCGAGGAGACUAAGGCGGUCAGAGUUGCAAUCGAGCAGGGAGGGAAUGAGGAGGGGGGCGCUUAG